CUCAGUUUGUCGUCGUCGCUCAUACGCAACGUUGGCCGGGCGGAAAACACUAGUUUCAUUGAAUUUCAUUGAGUUUGUUGCUACUUUCGCGGCGAGUGCUGCGGGAAAAUAUUUGUGUGUGGCUUUUAAUAUUGUUGGAAAAAAUCAUCAAAGGAAAAUAGCUAAAAUGCCAAGCAUUUUGUGAAUGGAAAGGUACAACAAAAAUGAUUAAAUAUGUGUUAAGUGACGAGUAUUAAAUAAAUGUAUCAAGAGAACACAUAUCUUAAGCACUUGGAAGUUUGCAUCGACUCAACUGCCUCGCCGAUAGCGUUUUGACUGCAAAUGAAUUACAAUGUCAGCAUGGAAGUCAGAAUCAGCCGAAUUGAAGACUCAUUCAUAACAUAUGAGUUAACUGAGUUAACCAACUUGACUGUCACUCACAGCAGAGAUAAGCCCGGCCAGUCAAUCAUUUGUCAAUAAAGCGGAGCAGCGGCAGGUUUGCUUGGCAAACAUAUUUUCAGUUAAAGUAACAGUUUAUGCCACUCCAGUGCUCAACUGGUUAUCUGAAUGCGACCCCUCAUCCGACGUUUACUUUGGCCAAUUCCCCGGAUUGCCCUCCACGGCGGAGCACUCCUCGUGGAGGCUGUGCGUGCGGCCAGUGGAGCGUGCGUGCCUUUCCAGCUGAGCGAUGAAACCAUUUAGGCAGGCCUCGCUAACCCACUACCACAAUCUCCCACUCCCAUUCUUGGUCCUCGUCGAAACACAGCUUUAUUCGGCAAAGGACCACUUAUGUGGCACGCAGAGGAAGUCCCCGCUUCAACAUUGGCAUCCUUUGGCCUACCCAAGUGCGACAGUAUAGUAUUAAGCGGGGUCAAAAUUAUGGGGUAUCGAAUGCCUGAUACCUAGCAAUGGGCAAAGAUGAUGAAUGAUGAUGAAAACUAUCACAAACUUAUCUUAUAUCAUAUAAUGCAGUAUGGCGGAAAAUGGAAAACUGAGAAGUGACAGCGAGAGUGAAUCAAACAAGGCCCGAAGUAAGAUGUCAGCAGCUUUAGUACAGAAAGCGACGGAAACUCAACUCGAUCAGUCACCGGAAGUGGGUGUGGCACAGUUGGCAACCAUAUCGUUGCUACUGCAGUACGACAUUGACAACACACUGAAUGCGCUCAAGGAGCACAAGAAGAUGACGCUGGACGCUCGAUUGGGCGGCGAGGUGGCCGCCGCAGUCAACAAUAACCAGGACAAGGACAUCAACCGGAAUCUGCCGGAGCAGACCGAACUGGAGGAGGUUCUGCGUCUCAAGAGCGGCGAGAACGGCUUCAUGCCGCCCACUCCGCCGGCGACGCCCAACCUGCAGAGCACUGCCCAGAAGCGCUGGAAGAUCCUGGCCAAGGUGCUGCGCAAGGACUCCGAGGAGACGGUGUCCUCGUCCAGCGAUGAGUUCGCCGAGGAGCAAACUGCAUCCGUGCGGCGCUUCAAGAGCUUCGAUCUGCUCCGCCAGGACAGCUUCGAGGAUCACGUGAGUCUGAAGUGCUUGGGCAAGACGGAGAACUGGUACAAGUACCGCAUGCAGCUGGAGAACGAGGCGGAGUACUCGGUGAACAUCCACCACAUGGAGCGCCAGCUGACCGCCAGUGAUCUGAUGGGCUUCAAUAACACGGGCAACAUAUGCGUUUGGCCCUCGGAGGAGGCUUUAACCGCGCUGGUCCUCUCGGAGGUGGCUUCAUAUCGAGGCAAGUGGAUACUGGAACUCGGUGGCGGGUUCACCUCCCUGGCUGGCCUCAUGCUGGCCAAGUAUGCGACUCCAUAUGCCGUUCACCUGACCGAUGGCAAUGAGAUAUCGGUGGAGAACGUGCGGAAAACCGUUUGCCUCAACGAGCUGAGCUGCUAUACCAAGUGCUCGGUUCUGAAAUGGCAGGAAAAGUCUGCCCGAUCGCCAGCAGAGCAGGCCAAGUUCGACUUCAUCCUCUGCGCCGACUGCCUCUUCUUCGACGAGGCCCGAUCCGCCCUGGUGGACACCAUCUGGUACUAUCUGGCGCCCGAGGGAUCGGCCCUGAUCAUGGCUCCUCGUCGCGGGCGCACCUUGAGCGUCUUUCAGGACGAGUGCGUGGCCAGGGGCUUCCGCGUGGAGUUGGCCACUCGCUAUAACGAGACCAUCUGGCAGCGGCAUCUCCAGCUGAAGGCGGACUCCGCCCUCUACGACGAGGACCUCCACUACCCGUUGCUCCUGCGGCUGCGCAAGAGCCACAGCUAGGAGAUCGAAGGGGUUAGGUCUUAAUGGGAAGCCACUUGGCUGCAGUAGGUGCAAUUAUACUUAGUCAAUGUUUUAGUUGAUAGCAAGCAAAUUCCAGUUUACACCUUAAACAAUGAUGAGGUCAGCAGCGGGAAUCGAAAUUCACCUGCUGGUCUCGACGGACAAAAAGAAAUUCCUUCCACACUGAAGAAAAAUGUAGCAAGUCGAACUCGUUAGACUGGUGCUAGAAAUAUAUGAAAAAAUCUAUAUGAUUAUAAAUGUAUUCGGUUUAAUGAACACAAUAGCUUUCAAACAAAGAGUUUAAAUUAAUCAACGUAAAAAUGAAUAAUUCUUAAUUACUGAAAUAUGUUUUGUUUGUAAAUCACGCGUUGAGGGCGUAUGUGAAUCCCUUGUUCGUUUGAAAGUCCUCUUGGGACUUAUUCAACCAUAUCUAAAAUACUCAAUGUGAAUGUUAAUGAAUAUAAUGGUACAUGUUCACCGCUUAAAAGCACCAGUCUAGUGAUCACCUUUAGCUCGUAGUUCACUGUUAGUUGUGUAACAAAAAAUUCCUUUGAUAUGUUAAUUUGAUUUCCGCUGAUUCCACAAGUUUUGUAAGGUUUUUUUUACAAAUACUCCUCGUUAUGUAUAUGUAGUUACCUCUAUGUAUGUUACACACCCACCACCCUCCACCCACCACCCACACCCACACACAAGUAUUAUUUGAAUUUAACGUGUACGCUGAAUAGCAUACUUUUUGGCUGCUUUCGUAGAAGGGCAGAGAGCACCGUCAACUGGAAAAGGGAAAACGGACGUCGGUUCCCGGAAACCGCACACAAAGCAGCAGCGCUCGACCAAUUAAUUAAUAGUUAACUAAACUUAGUGUACUGUAAUUACCUAGAGCAUGUGCUAAUGGUUAUAUGAUGAUGAUUAGAUAAAUACAGUAUCGAAAUGCCACAUA